UCUUUAAGAGUGAUUUCCUUGUUCAGUUUUAGUUCAGGAAGACCACGUCUCGAAAGCAGCAUGCAAACUUCCAGAGAAACUAAACUCACGGUGCUAGCGAUUCAUUUACUGUACUGUUGUGUGCUUGUCGUAUCAAAAGAAGGUACACCACAGCCGCCUCAUUUGGUGUUUAUUUUGGCAGACGACUACGGGUGGAACGAUGUGGGUUUUCACGGAUCAGAAAUUAAAACUCCGAAUCUGGACAAACUGUCCGCUCAAGGUGUCCGUUUGGACAACUACUACGUCCAGCCGCUGUGUACACCGUCCCGAAGCCAACUCAUGACAGGCAGGUACCAGAUCCACACAGGCAUGCAGCAUCAGAUCAUCUGGCCCUGUCAGCCGUACUGCGUUCCCCUGGACGAGAAGCUGCUACCUGAGCUGCUCAAGGAGGCUGGCUACUCCACACACAUGGUGGGCAAGUGGCACCUGGGCAUGUACAGGAAACACUGCCUUCCCACCCGCAGAGGAUUCGACACCUACUUUGGUUACCUAACCGGAAGUGAGGAUUACUUCUCUCACCAUCGCUGCGCGUUCAUCACUCCCCUCAAUGUGACCCGCUGUGCUUUAGACUUCAGAGAUGGAGAGGAAGUGGCCACAGGAUUUACAGGCAUGUACUCAACACACGUCUUCACUGAGAGAGCCACAGAACUCAUAGCCAAGCACGACCCUCACAAGCCUCUGUUCCUGUACGUGGCGCUGCAGGCUGUCCACGCCCCCCUGCAGGUGCCCGAGCGCUACCUGGAGCAGUACCGCUUCAUCCAAGAUGAGAACAGGAGGCACUACGCUGGCAUGGUGUCUGCGAUGGACCAGGCUGUGGGCAACAUCACUGAGGCUCUGCACACCAGUGGGCUCUGGGACAACACUGUGCUGGUCUUCUCUACAGAUAACGGAGGGCAGACGCUGUCCGGAGGGAAUAACUGGCCGCUGCGGGGCAGGAAGUGGUCCCUGUGGGAAGGAGGAGUGCGAGGGGUGGGCUUCGUCACCAGCCCUUUACUGAAGCAGAGCGGCGUGGUCAGCAGGGAGCUCAUCCACAUCUCGGACUGGCUGCCCACUCUGGUGGGGCUGGCCGGGGGCUCCACCAACAGGACCAAGCCCUUGGACGGGUUCGACGUGUGGAAGAGCAUCAGUGAAGGGAAACAGUCGCCGAGAGUGGAGCUGCUGCAUAACAUUGACCCUCUGUACUUCGACAUUGCCCCAUGUCCUGACAGAGCCUAUAACUGGACUUCAGCCCCAACACUUGAUCAAGGUUCUUGGAGUCACUCCACCUUCAACAUUUCUGUGCACGCCGCCAUUCGAUCUGGGGAUUGGAAGCUGCUGACUGGAGACCCAGGUUGUGCCAGAUGGUUUCCUCCUCCAGAGCUGUUCAGCGGUGCAGAGCUGCUGUCGCCUGACUCGCCCAAGAAGAACGUGUGGCUCUUUGAUGUUGUUUCUGAUCCCGAGGAGAGACAGGACCUGUCGCACAAGCAUCCCGGCAUUGUGGAUAAACUUCUCUCCCGACUUCAGGAGUACCAGGAAGGCUCUGUGCCGGUCGUCUAUCCUGACGAGGAUCCGAGGUGUGACCCCAAAGCCACAGGAGCUUGGGGUCCCUGGGCGUAGAGAACCAUUCUCCACCAAACAAAAGCGCUCUCAUCCACAGUGGCACACAGGGAAUUUUUCGCAUUUACCCAAAAUCCUCUAUUUUAACUAAGGUUUUUAAAAUCCAUUUUGCUACCCCUUUAUUGACUUCAGUAUCAUUCUCACUGCCACGUCCCUGACGCGUGGUUCUAGGCUUUGUUCAAAUUGAAAGCACUCUGGAGGUAAGACACAGUAGGGCAGCACUCUCCUCCAUACUGGUCCCCCUGCAUUGGCUCUGUCUGCUGGGAGCAUCCACCACUUGCAUGCUGAUCUUCUCUGACUACGCCUUUCCGGCUGAAUGAAGGAAUGAAGCACACAGGGGAGCCAAGCACUUUCUGGAGUGGCAUAUUUAUAGCUGGGAGCAUAGCUUAUGUGAAAUUGUAGGUUUGGUAUGCUUUAAUGAUUAAAUCAUUAGUAUAGCAUUAUAAGCUUAGCUCAUUUAUCAUUAUUACUGCCAUAAUUAUUACAGCCAUCUUCCAAUACACACAUUUGCCUUUAUACAGUAUGAUCUAAUAAUCCUCAUUAAAUGGUUAUAAAACUCAAAAUGUCCUAUGAUAACAUGGUUACUACGGCUACAAGCGAAUGACCAUGUGUGGUCCCUGUUAUGAUCCAUUACUUACAGUGUAUGGUGACUCCAGUGAUCCAGCAAUGCUGGAACAGUUACCCAGGUAUAGUGAAAACUCUUUAUUAACCUGUUAAGGGGCAUUGUCCUCAUUUGAGGACAGGCUACUUUGUAAUUUUGUGGAGUAUUUUUAACUGGCAUCUACCUGUUAUUUAAAUGGUAUCUCUUAACUAUAUUGUUAUGAUAACUUACUGCAAUUGUGUUUACUGUAAAAGUCAAGUCUAAAUGUAAUGUAUCAAAUUACACAAAAUACAGCUUGUGUUCUGAUUUUUUUUAAAGAAAAAUACAUUUGGUACUUAAUGGGUUAAGGCCAGCAAAGUGCCUUAAACUAAUACCAUUGAUACCAGUUCAGCUCAUAUAUUUAACUUUAUUAAACAUCAUUUUAUUUUCAUGCAAAAUGAUUUCGCUUGUAGCAGUGGUGAGUGACAGGACUUAUCCAGGACAAACUUGAGUUGUUACCAGCGCACUGAUAUGGAAUGGAGGCCCGCCCUGGAAUCCUCAGUUCCACUGCUGGCAGUUCUGGGGGUUGAGAGAUGUAUUAGCAAUGCAGAGGGGGCCACAUACUUGCAGGGUUAAAGCUGGAGUUUCAGGUCUUUCAAUUUCCACGUGUUUUGACUAUUGUGUUUCCUGUUAUGAAGCAGCACAGCAGAUUACAUGCUCCACCUCCUCAAAGAGUAUUCCAGUAUGGGUCACACUUUUCCGUGGCAAACACAAUGCUAAUUGAACAGGCUCAGUGCAAAGUAAGCCUUGCAUGUGCUGGUUUGAGAGCUGAACAAGCUGUUUUUUAUGAACUGAUACAUUUCACUCAUCUCUCUAACAGCUGGCUGCAUAUCCUGUCAUUGCCCAUAAUCAUUGUAACCCUACCAUUGUAAAAUAUGAGCCUGUCGUUCAGUGUAUUUAGUCUGCUGUAAAAAACAUUGUGAUGCUUGCACGUGAAAUGUAUUAUAUUGUAUUGUAUUGAAUUGGGCAGGAAAUGAAUUUAUACUUGCCUUAGGCUUAAUUAGCUGUAACCAGAAAAUUCAUCCUGGUGUUUAAUUCAUGGUUGUUUUCUAGCAAAAAAAAGUGCCUUCAAUUACACUUUAUAACUGACCUGUUAUAAUUAUUAUAUUCAUCAUGGCUUGAAAAGCAUCAUAUUUUUGCAUAAUUCUGAAUUGCACACAAAAAGAACCCAACAAUGACCAGUUCAUUCACCCUUGAAGAGAUGUUCUAAAUUGUGGUUAAUCUAACUGCUUUGUGUAACUGUCCACAUUAAACUGAUUAGCUGUAGUUCUCAGUUCCAGUGCCCCUGCUGUACAAUGGUGGCCAUUGGUCUAUGCCGGUACUGAUAACAAACAGCACACUGCUGCCUUGAGGAGCUACUUCACACGUGUUGAUGUAGAUGAACAGCAAUCAAUUAUUAGAGAGAGACCGAUUCCAGAUUUACAAUGAGCCUGCACUCCAUCAUAAAAGCUCUGGCCACUUCGCGCCUGGUCUUGAUCUGGCUGUGCUGCAACUGAACCGGUUUACUGGGUCAUUUUCAGUGCUUUUUCAUGCGUGGGAUUUAUUAAAAUGAAGGCUGUGUUCUUCACAAGGUGCAGACUUUGAUGAAACCCAUGCUACCCUGUUGUAAAUGUGUUCACAGACCUUUUGAUUUGAUUCAGAGAUCCCAUCUGUUCCACAAAUCAAAGCUCAUGCCCAUUUUCAAUACUGACCCGUUCCUCCCCAUCCCGCCUUUCAACAGUGUUAUUAAUAUCAUGGGUGUGUCCAGAUCACCACCGGGAUGAGGGUUAGGGUUAGGGAAGCUCGGUUCAUGAACAGGCUUGUGUACCCGGUUUCUGUCGAUGCAGGUUGUAUCAGCCAGUUCCUCUGCUUUUAGAAGUCUGAAAUUUAAAAGCAUUUUAGGUAGCGGGACUUCUGAAAGAGGAUCUCCCUUAUGAAUUUUAGAGUAGCAUAUUUGUUUCAAGCUUUUAUCACUUAAUGUGACAGCUUUGAAUUCGUUCUUUGUUUUGGAUCAGCUGCAUGAAACUGCCUGACUGAGUGGUGGAAUACUGAGUGCACGGAAGUUGUAAUCAGUCGUUUAUUAUGACUUGCGUUAUCGGAACAAUUCUCCAUGAAGUACAACAGUAGGGGGCUCAUGUCCAGCUUGCUUACAGCCAAUCAGAAAGACCUGUCGUGAUCUCGUUCUCCAAGUGUUAGCCAUAUACACUGUACAUGAUGAUGGUGAAGACAUGGUCCGUAUCAAAAGUAGUACCACAGCUGGCUGUAGGUGGCGCCACCUAUCUUGGGACGGAAUCAUGAAUUUUAUCAUGUGAUGCAUUAUACCCAUCUGUGGUAAAUACCACCUACACACCAUUAUACAGUCCUGCAAUGGUUUAUUUUCAUACUAUAGCUUGCCGAAUCUCCUUACCAACUUUCUUUCAACUACCUGCAUGUAAUGUAUGUCUGUAUAUUAUGAAGUAUUAGAACUUUGAUUUUAGAUUUAAUUAGAAAUAACUCUGUUGAAAUAAAACAGGUCUUUCUGAAACAAACAAAAAAAAAAAAAAAAGAAUAAUACAGUAGGAUUCUUUCAACUUAAGUAUAUCAGGCAGGUAUGUAAUGUCAGUUUUUGGAGUGUGUAUUCUUGAUCUAUGACUCAUUUGAAGAUAAUCUUUGGUAUGCCCCUGCCACAUGCAUGCUGGUGCUAUGAGGAAUCUGUUCUGUCGUUGUGAAUAUUUCAGCUGGAGUCUGACUGGCGUGUUCACAUUGUGUUGGUUUGAUGAAAUGCAGCAUGUUAGUGGAGUGCCUUUAAUGUAAAUUCCACCCUGACCUCUCUGUUCAAGAGUAAUCGCUCCUUAAAAAUGAAAUGUGGUCCACGUUUGAGUAAUGGAAACAUUUAGACUUGUGAAAAACUGUCUUGAACCAUUGGGCUGAGCUGCCACUAAAUUAUUUCCCAGUUUGAAACUGGGAUUGUGCACAUUUAAAUAAAAUCAAAUUAUACAAUCUACCUGUGGGUUGAAACUGUAAGUGGAAACUGCUUCUCAUCUUAAAUUCUAACUGAGGCUGAUACUGCAGGACAUGUCUGCAGUAGUGUCUUUGUUACUUGAACAGUAUUUUCAAUCUUUUGCAUUCUGUGCCGCUAAGUUGUAAAAAAUAUUGUUAAAAGUUAUGGAUCCUCAUAAAAUGAUUAUAUUAACCUGAUAAACAAAUAAAACAGUUGCUUUUUAUUUUUAUUUUUGA